GAGCGACCAAAAGUACCAGACUUCCCGUGAAUUAUAUUAUAUACUGCCAAAGAGAAUGACUGAUCCAAGCAAAUUGUCCGUGGCCGUGGUGUGUUCCUCGAACAUGAACCGCUCCAUGGAGGCGCACAACUUCCUGGCCAAGAAGGGCUUCAACGUGCGCUCCUACGGCACCGGCGAACGCGUCAAGCUGCCGGGCAUGGCCUUCGACAAGCCGAAUGUUUACGAGUUCGGCACCAGCUACGAGGACAUCUACCGCGACCUGGAGACGAAGGACAAGGAGUUCUAUACGCAGAACGGGCUGCUGCACAUGCUGGACCGCAACCGGCGUAUCAAAAAGUGCCCGGAACGCUUUCAAGACACCAAAGAGCAGUUCGACAUCAUUGUCACUGUGGAGGAGCGCGUGUACGACCUGGUGGUGCUGCACAUGGAGUCAAUGGAGUCGGUGGACAACCGCCCGGUGCACGUUCUCAACGUUGACGUGGUGGACAACGCCGAGGAUGCCCUAAUGGGCGCCUUUCUCAUCACAGACAUGAUCAACUUGUUGGCCAAGUCCACAGAUCUGGACAACGACAUCGACGAGAUGAUCCAGGAGUUUGAGGAGCGCCGCAACCGUGUGAUCCUGCACUCCGUGCUUUUCUACUGACGACCGACAUCCGCUAACAGUACGGUUCCCAACUCUGACUCAUCCGUUCCUGGGGUCUUGGUUGUCGGGUAGCGGGCGUUGGGCGGGCGGUGGCUUCCGGAUGGAGCCGCAUAGGAAUUAGUAAAACUGUAAAUAGAGAGGGCCAUUGAAGCAGGCAACAGAACAGAA